AUGGGCAAGCCCUGGCUCGAGGGGUUCAAGUUCGCGACGUACCUCGCGGUGCCGAUCGCGCUCACGGUGACGUUCGCGUUCAAUCCGGACAACCUGAACGGCAUCAUUCGAAACGUCUUCGUCUUCGUGAAUAAGAAAUCGGGAGGACGGCGGGGGAGGGAGGUGCUGCGGCGGUUGAGGGAGACGCUGAAACCGCCGCACGUGGUGCUCGACGCGACGAAAGUGCGAGGGGCGAUCGAUCGGGGCGAGGUGGAUUGGGACGCGGAGACGCGCGUGCUCGUCGCGGGCGGCGACGGUACGGUCGGAAUGGUGGUGGACGCGCUUCGACGGCGGCGUCGCGAGCCGCCGCCGAUCGCGAUCGCGCCCUUGGGCACCGGUAACGACCUGGCGCGCGUGUUAGGUUGGUCCGGCGACGUGUGGGAUGAUUCGAGAUUGUUUAGCGAGCGGCGCGUCGUGAGCACGCUUCGGCGCGCGAGACUGCAACGCGUCGAUCGAUGGUCGCUCGAAAUCACUCGCCCGCGACGACGAUCGACGACGAAGAAAUUGUUUAGCAAUUACAUGGGCAUCGGUGUCGACGCGCGCGCGGCGUUGGCGUUCGACAGCGCGCGUAAAGAUCGUCGUUGGACGUGGCUGUUCGUCCACGCGCUGACCAACAAGCUCCUGUACGCCGUCUUCGGCGCGCGCGAUUUCAUAGAGCACUCGUUCGCCGGGUUGAAGCGCGACGUCGAAGUCACGGUAGAUGGAAAAGUGAUCGAUUUCCCCGAAGACACCGAAGGGAUCAUCUUGCUCAACAUUAAUUCCUUUUCGGGCGGCGUACGGAUGUGGGCGACGAGCGACGAGUUUACGAAAUCGCUCAAAGACGACGGCGUCUUGGAGAUCGUCGCCGUGAGCGGGGCGCUGCACUUAGGACAGCUCAACGCGCGAUUGGCCAAACCCGUGCAAGUGGCGCAAGGAUGCGACGUCCGCAUCGAGCUCAAGCGCGAUUUGCCGGUGCAAAUCGACGGCGAGCCGUGGCUUCAGCGCGGCGCGGCCACCUUGCGCGUCUCGCUCAACGAUUCGUUCACCAUGCUCAGGCGUCCGCGUCAAGAUCGAAUCAACGACUUGCUCGCGCGUUGGUCACGCUCGAACGGAUUCGCGAGCGAAGACGACGACGCGACGUCGGCGUCGAGCGACGAGCGCCGCGCGAGACGUCGCCGCGCGUUCGCGUUCGCGUUCGCGUUCGCGCUAUGCCUCGCGCUCGCCGCGUUCGUGUUCCCGUGGCGUCAUCGGCUCGCGCGCCUCUUCGCGCUGCGCCUCGGGUUGUAA